AUGGCUGAUAGUGAGCUUGCUAAGGCCUUAAAAGAUUUACCAAUUCGAAUUCAAACCUCAAAGCGUAACGAAAGAAAACAAGUUAUUGAAAAUGUCAUAUCUGUUUUGUCACACCCCAACGUUACUGAAUCGAUCGUUCGUGGAAUAUGUAAAGUUAUAUUACUUACAUUACCCAGGUAUCAAGACGGGCCUUCCAAAUUUUAUAUACGAAAUUUAAUUAAAGAGCUCACCGUACACCAUUACGAUUGGGCAUUUAAACAUUUGCUCACAUCUGUUUCUGAUUAUGCUACUUCAAACAAGUUGAUAGUAGCCAGUAAAAAUACUGCUCAAACUGCAUUAUGUGCAUUAUCAUGGACAACUAUUUUGGCACAGAGUAGUAAUAAGAAAGAACCUGCUACAUUAAAGGAUGAAUUUCCAAAAUUAAUUGAAAGUCAAGCAAUACUUGUUCAAAAUGUUUGUGCGGCAGAAAAUAAAAUUUUAAUUAGUAAAUCACAUCACCUAUUGGAAUCAAUGUGGGAUUCAACAAAUUCUCUAUGGGAUCUUUAUGCAGAAGGAUUGACAAAGUUAGACCCAUCACCACAUUCUCUUAUAUUUGGUUCAUAUUUUUUAAAAUACCUUAAAUCGAAAAAACAAGAUGAUUUAAUAAUGAAAUGUAAGCCUGCCGUAAUUGAAACUUUAAUCAAGGUUAUAUUGCAAAGUAAAAAAAAACCUGAAUCAUACAUUUUAAAAUCUUGUGAAGGAUUAUUAUCAUUGAUAACCCAUGAAGAGUUUUCAACAUCAAUUCAACCAUCAUUACAAAAAGCUAUUCUCAGGUCUCCAGAAAUUAUUUUAGAUAGUGUGGGUUUAAUUUUAAAAGGUUUUUCUCUAGAUCUUAGCAGAUAUGCUUUAGAAAUUGGAAAACUUCUGAUUGCAAACUUGCAUUCGAAAGAUGAUUUAUCUAGAGACGAAGCAGCUGAAGCAUUGCAACAAUUAGCUUCUCAAUGUUCAGAUUCUGAAGCUAUUCAAUCUUUACUGAAUCAUUUGUUUGCUGUUUUACAUGGAUCUGAUGGAAAGAUAACAGUUUCCACUCAUAAAAUUAGUUUAUUACAGGGUGCUGGUAAUUUAAGUAAAUGUAACGUUACUGGUAAUAGUUAUCAAAAAAUAGCAGUAAGUGCAACUGAUCAUUUUAUUAAAGUUCUCGAAACUGAAGCGCAUGAAAAAACUUUGAUACAAGCUCUUGAAAUGUUAUCAAAAUGGGGAGCCAACUUUGUCGAAGUACCUCAAAAAUUAAUUACUUGGUUUGAAAAGGGAAUAAAUUUAAAGAGUUCGACUAGUGCAGUAAAAACAGCCUAUCUAGACUGUAUGAAUUCAUGUUUUCACGGGAGUAAUUUAAAACAAGCUAGUGCUUUAAUUGGAAUUUUAGUUAGCUUUCUUGAUAAAAGUGGAGCCGGACCGAAAACUGCUCAGUUAGAAUCAUUAAGCGCCGCGUGUUUACUUUUGCGUCUCACUUCGAUCGGUGAAUGCUCCGAACGCCAUUCAAACAUUUUAUGGAAUUUGGUGCUUGAUAUGGACAAACAAUAUUUUGUUUCCGAAAAAUUUUUGGCCAAUGCCACCGAUAGCGGUUUACAGAACGUUGUGCGUUUAAGUGAACGCGUUCUCUUGGAUCACGUUGAUCGGAUAAACGGGAAAGGACAACCUAUUUACAAGGCUAUUAUUUAUUGUUUGACCGUUUCUAAUAAUUCCGUUCGUGAAUUUAGUAGAAAUGUGGUAAAAAGACUUGUUUCAGUUUUAGGUGGUACAAAAUUAGCUUUGUCACUUAUUAAAGAAUUUCCAUCGUUUCUUGAUGCCGGUUCAAUCGUUAAGGCUGAAGUUGCCGGAAAAGACAAUGUCACGGUACCCGAAAAAGAAAUAACAGCAAAUUCUUUGGCGGAAGCACUUUUUGCCAUGUGCGAUGGUAAAAAUCUAACGGAAGAAGAUAGUUAUCAGUUGGCUCUUGCUACCAUUAUUUGCGCUCAUCAUCCUAUUUUUAGAAGUCAUUCUAAAAACUUAUGGCGAAAAAUAUUAAAUCGUUUAAAUAUUGAUUGUACGAAAUUUUUGUCGCGACAAAAAAGUAAGUUACUUAAGAUAUUAAUUGAUGAUUUCCAACCGGGUGAAAGUAUUGAAAGUGCCUUAAAAACCGUUGUUCAGUUGCAACCGGAUACUUUUACGUCGGCCAUAGUAAAUCGCGUAAUAUCAUUAUUGAAAAAUAUAUCGGGAGUUAAAGUUUCCAAAGAUGAAUAUUUUACUUAUUUGACACCGGAAGGAGAACUCUAUGAUAAAUCUGUUUUACCAGGACAAAAUCAAGAUCAAUCCUUUACGGCUAACAUGAAGAGAGAAAGUAAAGUUUACUCUUUUAAAGAACAGUUGGAGGAGCUUCAAUUGAGAAGAGAAUUGGAAGAGAAAAAAAGAAAAUCUGGAAAGUUAAAGGAACCGGAACUCACGCCGAAACAAAAAGAAGUUAUUCGGGUGCAAAUGGAAAAGGAAAAUUUGAUUCGGUGUAAACUAAAAGAAAUAGAUGGCAAUUUACUUGUAUGCGUGUCCAUGAUAAAGGCAGCCGCGAACGGAUGUCCAAAAAAAUUAUCAACUUUUUUUAACGAUUUACUUCCGGUUGUAUUAAGUAAUUUAAAUUCUCCCUUAUCUGCUCCGUACAUGUCGAAACUUUAUUUAGAUCUCGGUAAAUGCGUUUUUACCGGAAACCAAUCAUAUUUUGGUGAAUUAGUGGGUAAUGUUACAUUAAGGGUAUUAAAACCGCUUUGUGAUCUUGAUCUCGCAUGGCAAGAGGAGCCUUUGCGAGAAGCAAUUAAAAGAACUGUUAAUGGAAUACCUACGUUGUACACUUCGCCGGAAACAUUAAGUGCACCUUGUUUUUGUUAUUGUUUUGCCGUAUUAAAACAUUCGUUAUUAGAAAAAACAAAAGAUGUUACAUUUUUAACAACGGGUUUACAAAUCAUAUCCGAUCAUGCGAAAAUGAGAGGGAAAUCUGAUGACGAUUUAUGGCAUCCGAAAUUAUUAAUGAGACAGCAAAUGCUUAUUUUAUUAAUUGAGCUUAUUAGUAAUCACGGAGGAAGACUACAGCAACUAGCUAGUAACACACUAUUAGAAGUUGCUUCUGCCGCUAGUGGCGAUGCUAACGGUUGUUGCAGAGCACAAUAUGGUGAAAUCGAAGCUUUACUUUCGGCUCUUCAAAGUCCUUCAAAUAUUGUCCGAGAAGCCGGUUUAAAAGGUUUAAUUGCCAUGUAUAAAUCGUUUCCAAGUUCGAAAGAAAACUUUGAAUUAAACACAGUCAUCAUAAGAAGAGUUUGGGUAGCUUGUCACGAUGUAAACGAAGAUAACGCUGCUUUGGCUAAAAAUCUUUGGGAAAUUGCAAAAUUAAAGGCUGAUCCUCUACUGCUGUGCGACGAAUUGCUAAAAGAUGUAACUCAUCCUGUUGCAGCGAUCCGGCAAGCAGGUGCUAAAGCACUGGCAUCAUUAAUCAAGUUAAACUAUCAACCGAUGUUGGUGAAAAACUCGUUGGACAAUCUCAAAAAUAUUUUCAUGGAAAAAUUGGUGAUGAUGCCUCCGCAAGUUAAUCAUUUAGGUCGAAUAACAGAGCAUCCGGUCGAUACGUGGGAACCCAGGAGUGGAGUUGCCUUGGCUUUAGAAGAACUUGCUCCUUUACUCGAAUUAGAUAUGGUGCCUGAACUUGUGUCUUUUUUUGUUUCAGUCGGUUUGGGAGAUAGAAAUGCCGAUGUUCGAAAAAAUCUUUUAUCUGCUGCGUUAGUUAUGGUGAACCUUCACGGUCGGGAUACAAUAAACAGUUUAUUACCUGUAUUCGAAGAAUUUUUAGAUAAAGCUCCGAAUUCUAGUAGUUACGAUGCGGUUAGGCAAUCGGUCAUUAUUUUAAUGGGUUCUUUAGCUCGACAUUUAGACACGGAUGAUCAAAAAAUUAAACCCAUUGUCGAAAGAUUAGUCGAUGCACUUUCAACUCCUUCACAGCAGGUUCAAGAAGCUGUUGCCAACUGUUUACCACCCUUAGUUCCAGCCAUUAAAGACGAUGCUCCAGAAUUGGCACGUAAGCUUUUGAAACAGUUGUUAGGAUCUGGUAAUUAUGGUCAAAGAAAAGGAGCAGCUUAUGGUUUGGCUGGACUCGUUAAGGGAAUGGGAAUAUUAGCUUUAAAACAGUUAGAUAUAAUGAAUACUCUAACUGCUGCCAUUCAAAACAAGAGUGAUUAUCGUCAAAGAGAGGGAGCUUUAUUUGCUUUCGAAAUGCUUUGCAACAUGUUGGGUCGACUCUUUGAACCGUACAUAGUUCACGUUCUUCCUCAUUUACUUUUAUGUUUCGGAGAUACGAGUCAAUUUGUUCGAAGUGCAACCGACGACACGGCGAAAGUUGUUAUGAGUAAAUUAUCAGCGCACGGUGUCAAACUUGUUUUACCGUCCUUACUAGCUGCUUUAGAAGAAGAUUCUUGGCGUACAAAGACAGGCUCUGUUGAAUUAUUGGGAGCGAUGGCUUAUUGCGCGCCAAAACAAUUAUCCUCUUGUUUACCUAGCAUCGUACCCAAACUGAUUGAAGUUCUCAGUGAUUCUCACAUGAAAGUUCAAAAGGCGGGUGCUCAAGCUCUCAAAGUAAUCGGAUCCGUUAUUAGAAAUCCCGAAAUUCAAGCAAUCGUACCAGUUUUAUUAGAAGCUUUGCAGGAUCCGUCUGCUAAAACGGCUACUAGUUUACAAACGUUACUUGAUACUAAAUUUGUUCACUUCAUAGAUGCUCCUUCUUUGGCGUUAAUCAUGCCUGUCGUUCAAAGAGCUUUUACUGAUCGUUCAACGGAAACGCGAAAAAUGGCUGCUCAAAUUAUCGGAAAUAUGUAUUCUCUGACCGAUCAAAAAGAUCUUAGUCCGUAUUUGCCUGCCAUCAUUCCCGGUCUUAAAACAUCAUUAUUGGAUCCGGUACCAGAGGUUAGAAGUGUUUCCGCUCGAGCUUUAGGUGCUAUGGUUCGAGGCAUGGGAGAAGCUAGUUUUGAAGAUUUGCUACCUUGGUUAAUGCAAACGUUGACAUCCGAAUCUAGUUCGGUCGAUAGAUCCGGUGCAGCUCAAGGUCUCAGCGAAGUCGUCGGCGGGUUGGGAGUAGAAAAAUUACACAAACUAAUGCCUGACAUAAUUGCUACGGCAGAAAGGACCGAUAUAGCACCACACGUGAAGGACGGAUACAUCAUGAUGUUUAUAUACAUGCCUGUCGUUUUUACAAAUGAGUUUACACCUUACAUAGGUCAAAUUAUAAAUCCUAUUUUAAAAGCACUAGCAGACGAAAACGAAUACGUGCGAGACACGGCUCUCAAAGCAGGACAGAGGAUCGUAACUUUAUACGCUGACACUGCUAUUAUGUUGUUACUACCCGAAUUAGAAAUCGGAUUAUUCGAUGAUAAUUGGAGAAUUCGUUAUUCUUCCGUGCAACUUUUAGGAGACCUUCUUUAUUUAAUUUCUGGAGUGUCGGGAAAAAUGAGCACGGAAACGGCCGACGAAGAUGAUAAUUUUGGAACCGAACAAUCUCAUAAGGCCAUUAUUGACGCUCUAGGAGCAGAAAGAAGAAACAGGGUUCUUGCCGGUCUUUACAUGGGCAGAUCCGAUGUAGCUUUGAUGGUUCGUCAAGCUGCUCUUCACGUGUGGAAAGUUGUUGUCACUAAUACCCCAAGAACGCUUCGUGAAAUUUUACCAACUUUAUUCGGACUUCUUUUGGGUUGUUUAGCAUCUACUAGUCUCGAUAAAAGACAAGUUGCUGCUAGAACGUUGGGAGAUCUCGUUAGAAAAUUAGGAGAAAGAGUUUUACCCGAAAUAAUUCCAAUUUUAGAAAAAGGUUUAGAAUCUUCACAACCUGACCAAAGACAGGGUGUUUGCAUUGGUUUAAGUGAAAUUAUGGCUUCGACUAGUCGAGAUAUGGUAUUGACUUUUGUAAAUUCAUUGGUACCCACAGUUCGUAAAGCAUUGUGCGAUCCACUUCCGGAAGUGAGACAAGCAGCAGCUAAAACAUUUGAUAGUUUACAUUCAACCGUCGGAGUUCGAGCUUUGGAUGAUAUUUUACCGGCUAUGUUACAUCAACUGAAUUCUUCAGAUUCGGUGUUGGCUGAAUCUACGUUGGAUGGACUCAGACAAGUUAUGGCUAUCAAAUCUCGAGUUGUGUUGCCUUAUUUGGUUCCACAAUUGACUGCGCCACCCGUCAACACAAAAGCUCUAUCCAUAUUAGCAUCCGUUGCGGGUGACGCUCUGACCAAAUAUUUACCAAAAAUACUUCCUGCUUUGUUGACAGCUUUGCCCAGUGCUCAGGGUACACCACAACAAGCUCAAGAAUUGGAAUAUUGUCAAGCGGUCGUUUUGUCUGUUACCGAUGAAGUUGGAGUUCGAACAAUUAUGGAUCAACUAAUGGAAAGCACAAAAUCCGAUAAAGUUCAACUUCGACUCUCAGCGGCUACCCUCCUCUGCGCUUUUUGCGGAAGUACAAGAGCAGAUUAUUCUCGCUACGUGCCACAGCUUUUCAGAGGUCUUAUUCACUUGUUCACGGAUGAAGACAGCGAUGUUUUGCAAAUGAGUUGGGAAGCAUUGAGUGCCGUCACCAGAACGUUAGAUGCAAAUCAACAAAUGGCUCACGUAGCCGAUGUUAGACAAGCCGUGAGAUUCGCUGUCAGCGAUCUCAAAGGCCAAGAUCUUUUGCCAGGAUUUUGUUUACCGAAAGGAAUCACUCCAAUAUUACCAAUAUUUCGUGAAGCCAUCUUAAACGGACUUCCCGAAGUUAAAGAACAAGCAGCACAGGGAUUAGGAGAAGUUAUCAAAUUGACGAGUGCUCAAGCACUUCAACCUUCGGUUGUUCAUAUCACCGGUCCAUUGAUUAGAAUUCUAGGUGAUAGGUUUAAUUGGAAUGUAAAAGCAGCCGUUUUAGAAACUCUUGCUUUGCUCCUGGCAAAGGUUGGAUUAAUGUUAAAACAAUUUCUACCUCAACUUCAAACGACAUUUUUGAAAGCUUUAAACGAUUCAAAUAGACAGGUACGAUUGAAAGCAGCUCAUGCUUUGGGUCAUUUAAUUCUUAUACACACGAAAGCUGAUCCAUUAUUUAGCGAAUUACACUCGGCUAUAAAAAGCUCGGAUGAUUCUUCGAUACGGGAAACAUUGUUACAAGCUUUAAGAGGAGUCAUCACUCCGGCUGGAGAUAAAAUGACAUUACCGUUAAGAAAACAAGUUUAUAACACUUUGUUGAGUCUUUUAAAUCAUCCGGAAGAUGUGACGAGAUCCGCGGCUGCAGGUUGUUUGGGAGCCCUUUGCAAAUACCUUCCUCCGGAAUUAUUAAACACGACAAUAACGGAUCAUUUGCUACAAGACGAUACUUCUUUGGACUGGAUGUUACGUCACGGAAGAAGUUCAGCCUUGUACGUUGCGUUAAAAGAAGCACCGGAAGUCAUAUACACGAACGAGACUAAAGAUAAACUUUGUAAAGUUUUACUCGUUCACUUGGGAGCCGAUCGAGUACCCAUCGCCAUGAACGGAGUUCGAUCCUGCGGUUAUUUAUUACAAUAUUUAAUGUCGACACAGCAACCACUUCCGACUCAAAUUUUAGGUCCAUUUGUCAGAACAAUGAAUCACAACAGCAACGAAGUUAAACAGUUACUAGCUCGAGUUUGUAAUUUCUUAGCGCGGACGGUACCGCCGAAUUUACUCGUACCAGAAUUUUUAAAAAUCGUCAUACCGAUGUUGGUGAACGGAACGAAAGAGAAAAAUGGGUACGUUAAAGCCAACAGCGAAUUGGCAUUGGUUGCAGUUUUGGGAUUGAGAUCGGGAGAAGAAAGACUGCAAGAAUGUUUAGCACUGUUGGAUUUGGGUGCCAAAGAAUCACUCAGCGAUGUCGUUUCGAAGGUACUUAAAAAAGUUGCAAUUUUGCCAGAAGGAAAAGAAGAAGAUUUGGACGAUACUCUUCUCACUUGA